UACCGCACCCUCCUUCUUCCCCCAUCCCUCUUCGCAUUCCACGUUACGUCCUCCCGGGAACUGACCACGGGAGUCAUACACAGUGCCGGCCUCACAGACGCGCUCCGCAGGGUGCUGGAGACGGAGGUGUGCCCGUGGUCGUGCAGUGAAGCGUGUCGACAUCUUCCCAUCGCUCUACCAUCGAACUUCGACAUCAACUCGACAGCUUUAGGCACCCACCACCACCAUGCCUGGUCACGUCAAGAAGAGCACGGGUCCCGACCCCGAUCCCUCCGAAUACCUGUUCAUCUCCAUGGAAAUGAAAAUGAAGGACUCCACCAAGCCUUACGAUUCCAAGAAGUCCUGCUGGGUUCCUGACCCCAAGGAAGGGUUCGUUGAGGGUGAGAUCCAGGAAACGAAAGGAGAUUUGGUAUCCGUUUUCGCUCGUGGAGAAACAAAGGAUUGGAAGAAGGAACAGGUCCACCAGGUUAACCCACCCAAGUAUGAGAAGUGCGAGGACAUGUCCAACUUAACCUACCUGAACGACCCCUCCGUCCUGUACAACCUGAAGACUCGCUAUGUGGCCAAGCUCAUCUACACCUACUCCGGCCUCUUCUGUAUCGUGAUCAACCCGUACAAGCGCUACCCCAUCUACACCAACCGCACUGUCAAGAUCUACCAGGGCAAGAGGCGUAAUGAGGUGCCGCCUCACCUGUUCGCCAUCUCUGACGGCGCCUACAUGGACAUGUUACAGCUUUCGGAGAAUCAGUCCAUGUUGAUCACCGGUGAGUCCGGCGCCGGCAAGACCGAGAACACCAAGAAGGUACUCUCCUACUUCGCCAACGUCGGCGCCACCACCACAAAGAAAAAGCCUGGCGAGAAAGAGAAGCCUAACCUGGAGGACCAGAUCGUGCAGACCAACCCUGUGCUGGAGGCCUUCGGAAACGCCAAGACCACGCGUAACGACAACUCCUCCCGCUUCGGUAAGUUCAUCCGCAUUCACUUCCAACCCAAUGGCAAGCUGUCUGGUGGUGACAUCGAGGUCUACCUGCUGGAGAAGGCUCGUGUCAUCUCCCAGCAGCCCCUUGAGCGAUCCUACCACAUCUUCUAUGAGAUAAUGUCCGACCAGAUCAAGGAAAUCAAGCCAAUGUGCCUCUUGAGCAACGACAUUCACGACUACCACUACGUGUCUCAGGGCAAGGUCACCGUGCCUUCCAUCGACGACAAGGAGGACAUGCAGUUCUGUCAUGAAGCCUUUGACAUUCUGGGCUUCAGCAAAACAGAGGUGGAGAACGUGUACAAGAUCACCGCCUCCGUCAUGCACAUGGGAGAGAUGAAGUUCAAGCAGAGGGGUCGUGAGGAGCAGGCCGAACCCGAUGGAACUGAGGUGGGUGAGAUCCUCGGCACCUUGCUGGGAGUGGACUCAGCGGACCUUUACAAAAACAUCACCAAGCCCAAGAUCAAGGUCGGAAACGAGUUCGUAGCAAAGGGCAUGAAUGUCAACCAGUGUAAUUACUCUAUCGGCGCCUUAGCCAAGAGUUUGUUUGAUCGUCUCUUCAGGUACCUGGUCAUCAUCUGUAACAAGACUCUGGCGACUGGUCAGAAACGAGCGACAUUUAUUGGUGUACUUGAUAUUGCCGGCUUCGAAAUUUUCGAAUACAACGGCUUCGAGCAGAUCUGCAUCAACUUCUGUAAUGAGAAGCUGCAGCAGUUCUUCAACCACCACAUGUUCGUGCUGGAGCAGGAGGAAUAUAAGAGGGAAGAAAUCGACUGGGUCUUCGUGGACUUCGGCAUGGACUUGCAGGCCUGCAUUGAACUAUUUGAGAAGAAAAUGGGUCUUUUGUCCAUCCUGGAAGAGGAGUCCAUGUUCCCCAAAGCCACAGACAAGUCAUUCGCUGAAAAACUUAACACGAACCAUUUGGGCAAGUCGCCUGUGUUCGUGAAGCCGAAGGCCCCCAAGCCGGGCCAGGAGGAGUCCCAUUUCGCCAUCGUCCACUACGCCGGCACCGUGAGCUAUAACCUGACGGGGUGGCUGGAAAAGAACAAGGAUCCGCUAAACGACACUGUGGUGGACCAGCUCAAGAAAGCCAGCAACGACAUGAUCGUGAUCCUCUUUGCCGACCAUCCUGGACAGUCUGCUCCUGCUGAGAGUGGCGGCGGGAAGGGCAAGAAAUCUGGUGGCUUCAAAACUGUCUCCUCCGCAUACAGGGAGCAAUUGAACAACCUGAUGAAGACUCUGAACGCUACUCACCCUCACUUCAUCCGUUGCAUUGUGCCCAACGAGACCAAGUCCCCGGGUGUGGUGGAUGCAGCCUUGGUGAUGCAUCAACUGACCUGUAACGGUGUGCUUGAAGGCAUCCGUAUCUGUCGCAAAGGCUUCCCCAACAGGAUGCUCUACCCUGACUUUAAGCAUCGGUACAAGAUUCUCGCCUCGCAAGAAAUGGCUGCCAUACCCGAUGACAAGCAAGCCGCUAAGGUUUGCUUUGACAAGUCUGGUCUUGAUGUUGAACUUUACCGUCUCGGUAAAACCAAGGUGUUCUUCCGAGCUGGUGUAUUGGGCAGCAUGGAGGAGCUACGCGACGAGCGACUCGGAAAGAUCGUUGCUUGGCUCCAGGCCUGGAUGCGAGGAUGGAUCGGCCGCAAAGAAUAUAAGCGUCUUCAGGAGCAGCGCGUCUCCCUUGUAGUCGUGCAGCGCAACGUUAGGAAGUUCAUGACGCUCAGGACCUGGCCAUGGUUCAACUUAUGGCAGAAGGUCAAGCCUCUUCUCAAUCAGCCUCGUCUGGAGGACGAAAUUCGUAAACUGAAAGACAGGUCAGAGAAGGCUUGCGAAGACUUGGAAAAUGAACUGAAGCUCAAAUCAGAGUUGGAAAUUUCAAACGCUGCUCUUUUAGAAGAGAAAAACACCCUGGCCGUAGAGCUCGACUCCAACAAAGGCAGCAUGUCUGAGUAUCUGGAGCAGCAGGCCAAACUUCAGGCCCAGAAGCACGAGCUGGAGGCUCAACUAACAGAUCUCUCUGAACGUCUUGCAAGGGAAGAGGAAGCCCGCAAGGAACUCUUCUCUCAGAAAAAGUCCAUCGAUAAUGAUUCCAUUGUUUUCAAGAGGGAUAUUGAAGACUUGGAGCUAACUGUAACAAAGGUUGAACAAGACAAAGCAGCUAAAGACCAUCAAAUUCACUCAUUAACAGAAGAAAUUGCUCAUCAAGAGGAAAUCAUUGCUAGGCUGAACAAAGAGAAAAAGCAAUUACAGGAGGUCGGCCAGAGGCUAUCGGAGGACCACCAGUCGAUUGAAGACAAGUGUGGACACUUGAACAAUGUCAAGGGCAAACUGGAACAGACCCUUGAUGAGUUGGAAGAUUCCCUGGAACGCGAAAAGAAGCUGCGCAGCGACGUCGAAAAAGCCAAAAGAAAGUUGGAAGGUGAUGUAAAAUUGACUCAAGAAACUGUCUCCGAUCUGGAGCGUCACUAUAAGGACAUGGAGAGCACCAUUCAGCGGAAGGACAAGGAAUAUUCUAUCAUGGCUACCAAACUUGAGGAAGAGCAGGGAAUGUACUCCAAGAUUCAGAGAACUCUAAGGGAACAGCAGUCUCGAAUUGAAGAGGUUGAGACUGAAGUAGAGCACGAGAGACAGGCUCGUGCUAAGGCUGAGAAAGGAAAAACUAAACUGCAGCGUGAAUUGACUGACCUCAACGACCGUUUGGAGGAGGCUGGAGGAGCAACAGUCGCUCAAAUUGAGCUGAACAAGAAACGCGAGGCUGAGCUAGCCAAGCUACGCCGCGAUCUGGAGGAGACCAACAUCCAGCACGAAUCUGCUCUCAACCUUAUUCGCAAAAAGCAUAACGACGCCGUAUCUGAAAUGUCAGAACAGGUCGAUCAUCUGAAUAAGAUGAAGGCAAGGAUCGAAAAGGAGAAAGAUACUCUGAGGCGCGAUUCUGAAGAGUCCAAGGCAGCUCUCGACGGUCUGACUCGUGACAAGGCUGUGGCGGAGAAGCACAUAAAACAACAACACCAGAACCUGGCAGAGGCCAACGCUAAGCUGGAUGAGUCGACAAGGACCCUCAACGACUAUGAUGCUGCUAAGAAGAAACUUGCUGUGGAGAACGCAGACCUCCUGCGGCAGCUUGAGGAGGCUGAUAACCAGAUAACCAUGCUGGCUAAGGUCAAAUUUAACCUUUCCAGCCAACUGGAUGAAUGCAAGAAGAUAACAGAGGAAGAAAGCAAAGAACGCGCCACGCUGCUGGGUAAGUAUCGCAACUUGGAGCAUGAUAUCGACGGUCUCCGAGAGCAGCUGGAGGAGGAAAGUGAAGCCAAGGCUGAUCUCCAGCGUCUGUAUUCCAAAGCGCAUAGUGAGGCUCAGAUGUGGCGUUCAAAGUAUGAGACUGAGGGCGUGGCUCGCGCUGAAGAGCUGGAGGCAGCUCGAAUGAAGCUUGCCGCUCGCCUGGAGGAAUCCGAGUCUCAGAUCGAACAACUUAACCUAAAGAACCUGAAUCUUUUGAAGACUAAGGACAAGCUGACCAUGGAUCUCGAAGAAGUUCAAGUUAUUCUGGACCGCGCCGAAUCUCAAGCAGCUGCUGCGGAGAAAAGGCAGAAGAACUUUGACAGGGUCAUCGCAGAAUGGAAGAUGAAGGUCGACGAUCUGUCAGGAGAACUAGAUUCUUCUCAGAAAGAAUGCCGCAACUACUCAACGGAACACUUCCGCAUGAAAGCCGCUUACGAAGAAAAUCUUGAGCAUCUCGAUUCAGUUCGCCGCGAAAAUAAAUCUCUCACGGAUGAAAUUAAGGACUUGAUGGACCAGAUUGGUGAGGGUGGCCGUUCAUACCAUGAUCUUCAGAAGAAUGGUAAGCGCCUUGAAAUUGAGAAGGAGGAGCUGCAAGCUGCCCUAGAGGAGGCGGAAGCUGCCUUAGAGCAAGAGGAAAACAAAGUCUUGCGAGGCCAACUGGAACUCAGCCAAGUAAAACAAGAAAUCGACCGCCGCAUCCAGGAAAAAGAAGAGGAAUUCGACAAUACCCGGAAGUGCCAUAUCCGUGCCUUGGAGUCCAUGCAGGGAUCCCUUGAAGCUGAGGCUAAGUCCAAGGCUGAGGCCCUUCGCUUAAAGAAAAAGCUUGAGUCCGACAUCAACGAGCUGGAGAUCUCUCUUGACCACUCGAGCAAGGCUUACUCUGACCUGCAGCGAAGCUAUAAGAAAACUCAGGGUGAAUUCAAAGAGCUUCAAAUUAAGUUCGCAGAGGAGCAGCAUCUGGCCUCGGAGCUGCGGGAACAGUUCAGCGUCUCUGAGCGUCGUGCCAAUGGCCUCCACAUCGAACUUGAGGAAGCCAGAACUCUUCUUGAGCAAUCCGACCGUGCUCGUCGCCAGACUGAAUCAGAGCUGGCCGACUCCCGGGAGCUGUUCGGCAAUACGAAUAAUCAAUUCAGCGCCCUUACCAUUGCCAAGAGGAAGCUCGACGGCGAGUGGCAGACUCUUCAUGCUGAUUACGAUGAGAUGAUGAACGAAGCCAAGAACUCCGAGGAGAAGGCCAAGAAGGCCAUGGUGGACGCAGCACGUCUAGCCGAUGAACUGCGCGCCGAGCAGGAACACGGCCAGGCUCAAGAAAAAAUACGUAAGGGUCUUGAGACUAGUGUGAAGGAGCUGCAACUUAAGCUUGAAGACAGCGAGAAUUAUGUGUCCAAGACGGGCAAGAAGGCAAUGAGCAAACUGGAAACCCGCAUUCGCGAACUGGAGUGCCAGCUGGAUGAUGAAGCCCGCCGCCACUCCGACGCCCAGAAGAACCUGAGGAGGUGCGAGAGGCGCAUCAAGGAGCUCACCUUCCAGGCCGACGAGGACAAGAAGAACCACGAGAGGAUGCAGGACCUCGUCGACAAACUCCAGCAAAAGAUCAAGACCUACAAGAGGCAGAUCGAGGAGGCCGAAGAGAUCGCUGCCCUCAACCUGGCUAAGUUCCGCAAGGCCCAGCAGGAGCUUGAGGAAGUUCAUGCUUGUUGAAGUGAUAACGAAAUAAAAUUAUAUGGUUAUUGUGAACUCUAAAACUCGAGGUUUAACGAAUUUCUUCAUGUAUACUGCGAUUUAAUGAAUAAAAAUUCAAAUGUAGACUGUUAGCUUAGUGAACAUGGUUACGGAGCACAAACAUCCUUCAUGACUUCACUAGCAGGUCACCUGAUAAUGCAAACACAUGGCAGACACAAAAUGACGGUACUUGUUGAAUACCUUUGCUUCAUUACAAUAAAAAUAACACAGUGUC